AUGGCUCUGUUCCGUCUCCAUCACCCACCUUACGUCUCUGUUCUUGGAUUUCUCCUCUUGUUGCUACCAGACUGUGGUGUCAAGUGUACGACGUUCACGCUAGUUAACAAAUGCGAUUUCACAGUAUGGCCGGGCAUUUUAUCCGGCGCAGGUAGCCCCAAACUCGACACCACAGGGUUUGAGCUCUCCAAAGAAACCUCUCGCACUUUCCGAGCACCCACAGGUUGGUCCGGUCGCUUCUGGGGCCGUACCGGCUGCAACUUCGAUGGCUCUAGUAGCACCACGAGCUGCUCUACUGGAGAUUGCGGCUCCGGAGAGAUGGAAUGCAACGGAUCCGGCGCUGAACCUCCAGCCACACUAGCCGAGUUCACUCUCGGCAUUUCUGGGUCUCAAGACUUUUAUGACGUCAGCCUUGUUGAUGGCUAUAACCUCCCCAUGAUCGUGGAGGGUUCCGGUUCCUGCGCCACCACGGGAUGCGUCUCGGACUUAAACCGGAAUUGCCCGAUGGAGCUAAAAGCCAAGAACGGUUUGGCUUGCAGAAGCGCCUGCGAGGCAUUCGGAACACCGGAGUAUUGCUGCAGCGGCGCAUAUGGUUCACCCGAUACCUGCAAGCCAUCGAUGUACUCUCAGGUCUUUAAAUCAGCUUGUCCUAAAUCGUACAGUUACGCGUACGAUGAUGCCACAAGCACUUUCACUUGUAGUGAUGCUGAUUACACCAUCACUUUCUGUCCAAACUUGUCCAGUUUGAAGUCUUCGAGAGAGCCACCUCCUGAAGAGACAGGAGAUGUAACUGGUCCUGGAACUGAGUCUAGUACAGAGACGCAACAAGCGAUGGAAGAAGAGUCUUUUGCGAAUUCCUAUCUUGCGGAUAUGGCCAUUGGGGAAUCGACAAGAAACACAGCUUCUUUUCUUCUCCAUUAUGCGAUUCUGCUUCCUGUAACAUUGAUUGUCUGCUGGAUCAGCUUGUAG